GCGCUUUCGAUUUUGCUGUUAACGCGCGUAGUUAGGAUGGUUGGUUUGUGAUGAUCAGAUAAGGUUAGACACGAAUACUAGAGUCAUCUACGAUGCCUCAUCAGGAUGGAGUAAAAUCUAAUAUCUACCGCGGUCAGCUCCCGACCUCUGCAACUUGUCCUGGGUCUCUAUAUACCUGUGAUUUUCAUGAUGAUAUACAGAAUGUUGUGCAAAAGCGCACAGCGCUUAUGCCAGGUCAAAUGGAUUUAAUAUCAAACCAGACAUCAAACUAUCAUCCACUCCCUAUAAUUAAUCACCCUAACCUCACCGUUUGUCAGAAAUCGUUUUGUGGGACGGUAAGUUGAUUUGUUUUCGGGAAUAUGACUUUGUUUUAUAAGUAAUAGUGCUGUUAACUCUCAUAUUAUGUUGCUUGUUAGUAACUUUCAAAUAUGCUUAGGGUUCGUUUAAACUACUUAUUACAUGUUAUCUCAUCUGAAUGACACUCAAUUGAGUUCGGACUUCGUAAUCAGGAAUAGAUCUCUGUGCUUCUAGUACUUGAAGCCUUGCAGUUACUGUUUGCUUACUUUCUAACUGUGUUGCAUGUCUGGCUGACCUAUCAGAAGUGGUAAAUAUAAUGUUUAUAUGGAAGCACUUGGAGGUAAGUAUAUAUGUGACGAUAGACAUCACAAUAAUAAUUAGUUUAUCAGGAUUAAGAUUUGCCAAGUUUAAAUUAUCCUCACAUUUUAUUUUUAUUUUCACUGGGUUUCUGAGGUCUUGAGAGUGACGUGAGGCAUUUUGCGUAGGGAAGAUAAGCGUUUACCAGUUUUUUUUCUAGGUGGAUCAGUGGUCGUAAUCUCUUUAUAUAUUAGGCGUCAAAUAUAACCAAUAAAACAUUUUAGUAAUAUAACCUUUCGUCUGUAGUUAAAAUCCUAUUCACAGAUUAGUUCAGAAUCCAGUAUAGUUUGUUCAUCUUUGGUUACUUGAGAUCAUACAUCUUGUAUGUUUAAAUACUAACCGAUUCGUGUGUUCAUAUAUAAUUGACAUUUGAAUAGCGAAAUCCUGACUUUCCAUUUCAAGAUAACAAGGUCUUCGAAGUUUUUGGACAGAGCGACCCGGAACCUACACUUUUAUUAAAAGACUAGCACUUGAAUAUUUCUUUUCACGUUUGUUCUUUCAUGUUUCAUAGUAGCCAUAAAAACUGAUAAUCGUCAGACAGACAGACUUAUAAAUCUGUGUAUUGCCUAAGUGGAAUUACAAAGUCAAUUUUGUUCCCUUGGAAAUGCAAAUUGCUAUGCUUAUCAAUAUAUUGAUACUGUUAUUGAUUAGAGUUCACUAAAUGUGAGGUAAAGUUAACAGUAGCCUGUAUGCUUCCCUAAAACUGUUGUGUUUAGGUGAAUUUCAUCACAACUAAAUUUAUCAAUAGGCCAUCGCUAGUGUUGGUUCUAAUUUUUAAAUCCUUCGUUGACUUGAAGCAUUUAACUCCAAAUUGCCGUUAGUUUGUUUCAUUUCAUUCACUAAAUCCUCAUAGUUCGGCUAGUAGCUACAUUUUAUCUGCUAAAGAAAUGAUAUUUAUCAGUUAAUUAUUUAGUAUUUGAAGUCUAGCUACUUUGAAAAUACGUACAUUUGUGUUAUUCGUAAUUUCUUAUUGCUAAUUAGUUCAUUUAUUUGUCAUGAUCUUUCUCAAGCAAAUGUUUCAUUUAAUUCAACCAUUAAGUUUGUUAAUUGAAAAGUCACAAAGAUUUUUUGUAGUUGUAAGUCUUAUUUUAACGACAGAUAUAUUCUGUUUAGUCCAUUUUGUCAAAUAGCCAGUAUGUGGAAAUAGUUGUUUUGUUGAGUUGUGAAACCGAAAUAAUCAAGAUGGUUUGACUGCCCUGACGACUGUUUGGUCUUGAACUUUACAGUACCUCUGGACUUUUGAAACUAAUUAUCCAUUUUGAAAACACCCGGAACAGCCUUCCCAAUACCGGAUUAGGCAGUAGUAUCACACAGAAAUAACUUUUGUGCUCACCACGACUUAUGAGUAAAAUCGAAGUGAAUUAGAAAUUAUAGAGUACUGUUAUCCAAACAAAGCCAUCGUACAAAUGAGAUUUUCAGAUAAAUUAAGUAAAUAUACAACAGUCAUGAGGAUUUUUUCUUUGUAUGGAAAAUUUGCUAUCAAUGGUGUACAAUACUCAUCAUUUUAAAAGCAGCUUAGUCAUAAAACCCGUUUUCUAUACUCUCCGCGACACGUUUCAGUUCAUUAUGUACUCAUAUCUUCAUUCUGGAUAUUAAUGGGGUAAGGGGUUAUAUAGCUGAAUAAUUGUAUUUAGUGGUGUUCUUAUUAAAAUAAAGAUAGUAACAAAUUUAACACCUAAUAAGUUUCCAACAGUCUUUCAAUUACAACCACUCAUUAUCUUACUGAACGUCUGAAGUAAAACCAUUCAGCUAAAAUUCCUCACACUAUUUCAAACAAUAAAAAACACUUAUCAGCAAGAAAAAUCCUAUCAGUUUUAGUUCGUGAAUGCGGUUUUGUUCCACUCCACAGUUCAGUUUUGCACUCCCUCAGUUAUCAACUGAUUCCUGCCGAAAAAUUGGGCCUUAAGUAGCAUAGACAUCCCGUUGAUCAUAUCACUCAUUGGAAAGUUUACAGGAAUUUAAAUUUUGUUAGCUUUUUUUCUGAGGUAAAGAAAUCACUAAACUGGAGCUUAAAGUCAUGCUUGUAGUUAUUUUCUACACUGUCUUCUGUCACUAAGUUUCCGAUGUUUUUUUAUUUUUGUUGAUGUCCUUGAUGCCUGGUGAAAGGUGUGUUCAUUUAUAGACUCAAUUUGUCACUGAAGCUAGUUUUUCCAAGACUAUCAAUAUUUUUAAUGUUGCGUCGGCCUUCAUGUAUAGUUUGCCUAACAUCUGGAUGCAGCUCACUGUUUUGUGGAAUAUUUUGAUAGUUAAAACUGGAAAAGAUUUCAAAUCCAACUUACUGGUUUUUAGCAUUUUGUUUGGCUCUGUUGGUGAAUUUUCCAGUUCUUCUAAAUGAUUUAUAUGAAAACUUCCCAAACUCGAUAUGCUAUAUAGCUUUUUCGUCUGAAAAAGCAUUUUUGAAUCUAGUGUUUAUGUUCUCAUAAGAUACAGAAUUUUAUUCAUCACUCAUUGGAAUUUACAAUAAGAUUAAUUGAUACUUUGGUGACCGCAUGAUUUAUGAUUUCCUGAUUGACACUGUAACAGAACCACACAGGAUCUUUUUUCAUCCAAUAACUGUAAAAGUCUCGUUCCUUUGAAUUCAAAGUUCUUAUUUCUUGACAUUUUCCCAGUGACCACAAUAUAUGUAUCUAAGGUUGUAUUGCCGUUUGGGAACUGAUACAAAAUCACUUCGGUUAUUUAUUUACUUUGAAGUGGCUUUCAUUAAGUUUUGAAACAUCAAAAAUACAAUUUUUCUACUCAUUGGGAUAUAACAAAAGGUAUAUUUAUUACUUACUUUCAUAAAAAAUGUGUUUGCUUUCGCCAGUGGCCUCAUCGUUCUACAAAAUAAUGUAAAUUUUUAUGUUAUACUUCCUUAGUUUUUUGACUGUUCGUCAAAUGCAUCUUCACCAGGUUGUGCUGCUUCAUCACCGGUUUGUCAUUCAGGUGUAUAUGGAAUUAUUGAGCCUCCACAAAGUAGUUCUAUCCCAACGGCACAGACACUUGCUUUGUCUGCACACCAUGUCUCUUACAACCCAGAUACUGUCGUUCCUCAAGGUUUCGCCACUGAAAACAGGAUGCACGGAAAUCCAACGGCACACAGGCUUACCCAUAGCCACAGUGCUCAAGAUGCUGGAGGCUUCAUGUUUCAGUCACUGUUUCCUUCCCCAGGUCAAGUGUUACAUCGGUAUGGUUCACACCUAACUCCAAAUCAUAUUCAAAUGCACCAAAUUUCUCCGCCAGGUAAUAUAUAUGGUCCGUUGGUUUCAGUUCCCGUACCUUACUUUUCCCUUGGAUCAACUAGUUCAAACUCUUUGUCACAUAACCCUCUAGUUUAUUCAGGGCGAUCCGCGUCGAACUCAGCAUGUGCAAGCACAAAUAAUAAUCCUUCCGGUGCAAGUCCAUUAGUCAGUCGAAGACCUCGUCUCCCUAAUAGUAAUUCAUGUGCAUUUAGUGAAUUGUGGCAACCGGGUCCUGUACCUAAUAUAUCCACACAAAGUUCAGCAUUACCACUAACUUCAAACAUCGGAAUAACACAAAAUCCACCAAACUGUAGUUUACGAGAGCGUGCUCCAUGUAACCAUGACACAUCUGCAUAUAAUGAGUCACAGUUUUACAUCACAGAAGAUAAGUGCUUUCUGCAGCCAGGUAGAAUUUGCCACCAUCAAGUAACCUCGAUCACUCAAAGCCCUAAAACAAAAAACAUCGAUGAGUCUUUAUUGUCUUCAGACUCAAAUGCUAGUCCCACUGGAGGAUGUAAAUUAGAACCGGGUAACAAAAAAGGUGCCCCGCUUCCACCACCAAUUCCUCCUCGGUCGAAUUGGCGAAAUCAAUUUGUUUCAACAACAAAUACUCGUGUUAAUGCUGCAGAUCACAUAAUCUCAGCAACUGCUGUCCAUCCUGUAACACCAUCACACGCCUACAAAAAAGAAUUUGCAAGCAGACCCCAAUCACUAAACACAACUGUAAAUCGACAGAAUUAUCGGACAACGAGUAAUUCAAACAAAAAUGCAACAAGUCCCGUAGCUACGAUUAGCUCUUCUCUUGUAUUGAGUAUCGCCGAGGAAUCAAAUAAAGUCAGUACUACAGAUUCUCGUGUUCAAACUUCAGAUGAUAACAUGCAAUCGGUAUUAUAUACAGCAAACGACAUAAACUCACCGUCAGAUACUCCUCCAAAACUACCUCCUCGUAUGGUGACAUCGAACAAUGGCAAUAUCCUGAUACCCAAAAAAUCUCAAGCCCCUGAAAAAGUUGAAAAAGUUAGCACAUCACAUCUGAAUACCCCUACAGAACAACAACAAGAUGAAAUGGGAAUGGACGAUUUUUGUAGUCGGUCUGCUAGUCCUUUUGUAAAUCAACCAAUUAAAACUUAUUUCUUAAAUUCGACGGAACCUGUUAUUCCUGUUAAACUUGAUGAUGAUGAUGAUACUAUGGAAAAACCGACAUAUCCUUCAACGAAACUAUCAACACAAGUCCAAGAACCUGAAAUAGCAAAAGAAUCUAUGGAUUCAUCCCAUGAACAGCAUACAUUUCGAAUAGUAAAACCAGUUAAUCCAGCUGUUUAUCGGCGUUUUAUGGAACAAAGAAUGGCAGAUAUUGGUAGAAUACACCGAGAACGUAAGGAAAGACGUGAUCGUCUUGAAUCCGAAAUGUCUAAAGUUGGUUUAGAUGAAAAUGCUCGUGUUCAAAUGCGCUGUUUGCUUCGCAAGAAAGAGUCUAAUCACAUGAGAAUGCAACGUGCUAAAAUGGACCAAUCAAUGUUUUACAGGAUAAAACACUUAGGUGUUGGAGCAUUUGGCAAGGUAUGGCUUGUACGCAAAAAGGAUAAUAAUCAACUAUAUGCCAUGAAGUUAUUAAAUAAAAGAGAUGUUGUAGAACGUCGACAGUUAGCUCAUGUACAAGCUGAAAGAGAUAUUCUAGCUGAGGCAGAUAAUGAGUGGGUUGUGAAAUUGUUUUUUUCAUUCCAAGACUCACGAGCACUUUAUUUAGUUAUGGAGUAUAUUCCUGGUGGUGAUAUGAUGUCAUUAUUAAUUAAGAAAGGUAUUUUCGAAGAACCGUUAGCACGGUUUUAUAUCGCUGAAUUGACAUUAGCAUUGCAGAGUGUUCACGCUAUGGGAUUCGUGCAUCGAGAUAUCAAACCGGACAACAUUCUCAUUAAUCGUGAAGGACAUAUUAAAUUAACAGAUUUCGGUUUGUGUACUGGUUUUCGCUGGACACAUAGUUCCAAAUAUUGGGAUUUAGACUUCAAUAUACCUUGUACCUCACCCAGCCGUAAUAGGAUAAAUCGAGCUAAAACAGCUGAACCACCUGAGUCAACCGAAUUAACUGAAGAUCAGAUCACGAAAAGCUGUAAAGAAUGUGAUGAAGACGAUGUUACAACUAUAGAAAAGGAAGAGGUUGGGGUACUGGAACAAGUGCACAAUUUCCGUCAAACCAAUGGUAAACAAUUCACAGCGUUAAGGGGAGUACACCAUGACAAAACACUUGAAAGGCGUAGGAAUAGUUUUGCUAAUCGUCGAUGUGCACAAUCUUUAGUUGGAACGCCGAAUUACAUCGCACCAGAAAUUUUGCGCAGACAAGAUUAUGGCCAAGCCUGCGACUGGUGGUCUGUUGGGGUGAUUUUAUACGAAAUGCUUGUUGGACAGCCUCCUUUCCUAGCGCAGACAGCGGCAGAUACUCAAAUUCGUGUUGUCCAGUGGUAUAAUUACCUUAAGUUGCCCGGUGAGCCACGUUUAAAAAAAGAUGCAAGCAAUCUUAUACGUCAACUCCUCCGAGAUCCAUCUGACAGACUAUCUGAUCCAGUAAAAAUAAAAUCCCAUCCUUUCUUUGAAUCAGUUGCAUGGGAUAAACUUGUUCAGCAAACGCCCCCAUACGUUCCAACAAUUCGUGAUGAGUUGGAUACAUCCAACUUUGACCCAGUUGACGAUGAACGUACACUUUAUAGUAGUGGGAACAAUCAUAGUUUGGAUUAUUCAUCGACUAACAAUACUCAAUUACCAUUUCCAAACUUUACAUUCAAACGAUUUUUCGAUCGUGAUCCAACCACUAUCCAAACUCCGUAAUCUUACUCUUUUCUGAUUCAAAUCCCUGGCUUCUUUUGAUAAUCCAUUUGUAUCAUUACCAAUGAUCCAUUUUUGGUAUAAUUGCAAUGAAAUCAUAAGAGGUAUAUACAAAAUAAGUCAUACGUUUUGAAAUAUUUUUUGUCUUAACCCACACUUUUAAGCAAAACUCUGUGCUGUACAGAAAAUUUUAUACUUUUCCUGUUGAUUCUGCUUUUGAAGAUAUGCUUUAUUUAAAAGUUUUCAUAUCUGAGUAUAUUUCUCUUUAUAUAUAUUAUCUUUCUGUGUUUUGUCAAUUGACAGUCUCAAAUUCACUCUGUAAACUUCAUUUGUGAGGCGUUAAAUAAUUACGGCAGUUUUACGAAUAAUUAAUAUAAAAUAUAUAUUGAAUUGAACUUCAUAAGCAGAAAUGUAAACGCGUACAAUUUUACGACUUUUUUAAAUGCAUUUAGCGUUUUAAACAGUGGUUUUAUAUGCACAUAAGAAUAAUAUACGUUUACCGUUGUCUACAGGUUUAGGUUAAAAAUUAUAUAAUCUUUCUUCAGAUAUUUAACUUAAAUUGACUGCACCAGUUUUUAUUUAGUUCGCCUACUUAUUUACUUAUACUAAUGCAUAUGUGUGCAUUUAUAUGGAUUUGUGUUCUACGGAGGAGGUCAAAUAAUGUUUUGUCCUCACUCUAUCGUUGUUGUUUUUUACCCAAAUAUAGCUGAUUUUGGUCUCG